AUGGUGUUCGCUCCAGGUGAGAAGCCAGGGACGGAGCAAGAUGAAAUUAAGCUGCAGAUUGCCAGCAAGCAGAUUGUGCAGACUGCUAUCCUCAGAGCAGUGCAACAAGUUUCCCAGGAGAGCCAGCAAAAGGAGAAACGAACAAACACCGGUACAAGCCUCCAACUAGAAAGAGGAAAAUUAACCAAGAAGCAUGAAAAGAAGUAAAGGAGCAGAUUUGGGUUUUUCAACUCCAGUCUGCAAGCGUUUUCAGCCUUCUCUUUAAUAUCAGCUGUAUUGCUAGUGCAAUGCUACUGCUGUGAA